CAUAAACGCAAUUAAAAAUGAUUUUGUUUCUGCCUGGAUUUUUUCUUUUUAUCGUGAUAUUCUGUAUCUUCGUGAGAAUUUAUCUAAGUUGGCCUACGAGAUGGUGCCGAAGUGAAAAGUGUUUGAUUGGAAAAACUGCAGUUAUAACGGGCGCAAACACAGGUUUAGGCUAUGAAACGGCCCUCGACUUUGCCAAAAGAGGGGCAAAGGUAAUCUUAGCCUGCAGAAACCCACAACGGGCUAAAGAAGCCUGCCAGAAAAUCAUCGAAGAAACAGACAACCCAAACAUUUCGACGAAAAUCGUGGACUUCAGUUCUUUCUACUCUGUAAGAGCUUUUGCCAGAGAAUUGACUCAAACUGAAGAUCGUCUAGAUAUUUUGGUAAACAAUGCCGGGAUAGCUUUUGCUGAUGACACUAAGAGCUUGGAUGGACAUGAUCUCACGAUGCAAGUGAAUUACUAUUCUCAUUUCCUUCUAACUCACUUGUUGAUAGAACUAAUGCGAAAAUCUGGCGACCCUAGCAGAAUAGUUAACGUUUCUUCGAUAAUAGCGUCACACUGCUUGCGUUUCCAUUUGGACAAUCUUGACGAAUUUCGAGGGUAUAUGAAGACUUAUGAACACUCUAAAUUAUGUUUGAAUAUGUUUACCAAGGAACUCGCUAAAAGGCUCGAAACGACGAACAUUACAGCUUACUCUUUACAUCCCGGUGCUAUUAAAACAGAAAUUAUGAGACAAACAAAGGGCAUGGUUAAAACAUUGUUUCAGUUGAUAGUGGCUUUAUUUUAUAAAUCUGUGAAAGAAGGCAUCCAAACGAUUAUUUAUUGUUCGAUGGAAAAAAAUAUCGAGCAGUUCAGUGGUUGUCAUUUUGACAACUGUAGGAAAGUCGCCGACUACUGGAAAGCAAGAAACUUAGAAGUUUGUUCGAAAUUGUGGAAGAUAACUGAAGACAUUGUUAACUUACAAGAAACCGAAAAAAUUCGCUUGUAAUUCCAUAUCAAAAGAUA